CGUGACAUGGAGCUGACCAAGGAGGCGCAGCGCCAGGACGAGAACGACAAGCUGCGCAAGGAGUUCGCCAAGCACGCCAACGCCUUCCACUUCUGGCUGACCGAGACUAGGUCGUCAAUGAUGGAGGGCUCUGGCACCCUCGAGCAGCAGUUGGAGGCCGUGAAGAAGAAGGCGGCCGAGGUGCGCGCUCGCCGCAGCGACCUCAAGAAGAUCGAGGACCUGGGAGCUAUCCUGGAGGAGCACCUCAUCUUGGACAACCGCUACACCGAGCACAGCACGGUGGGCCUGGCCCAGCAGUGGGACCAGCUGGACCAGCUGGGCAUGCGGAUGCAGCACAACCUGGAGCAGCAGAUCCAGGCCCGCAACCAGUCGGGCGUUGCUGAGGACUCGCUGAAGGAGUUCUCCAUGAUGUUCAAGCAUUUCGACAAGGAGAAGGCAGGCCGACUGAACCACAAGGAGUUCAAGUCGUGCCUGCGUGCGCUCGGUUACGAUCUGCCGAUGGUGGAGGAGGGCCAGCCCGACCCCGAGUUCAACGAGAUCCUGGACGUGGUUGACCCCAACCGGGACGGCUUCAUUAGCCUGCAGGAGUACAUGGCCUUCAUGAUCAGCAAGGAGACGGAGAAUGUGCAGUCUUCGGAGGAGAUCGAGCACGCCUUCCGCGCCAUCACCAACGGCGAGCGGCCCUACGUGCUCAAGGAGGAGCUCUACACCAACCUCAGCAAGGAGAUGGCAGACUACUGCGCCGACCGAAUGAAGCCAUACACGGACCCCAACACCGAGAGACAGAUCCCCAACGCAUUCGACUACGUCGACUUCACGCGUUCGCUGUUCCAGAACUAGGCCGCGCCGGCCGGUGGCCUCGCUUUGUCUUAUCUCUCGCGAUCGUAGCAGCUGUCUGGCCGUGCCGUGCGUCGGCUGACAGACCCAGUCACUAUUUAUCUUGUGUUGUAGUGCGCAGCUUUUUGCUCGGAGCGGGCGAGCGGCGGACGGCGGCGCGCUCGGACGGCUGGUGGUGCGUACGCGCCCAGGCCGUCCGCUACUCCGACCGGGCGCAUAGUUAUCGGUGUUCACCUGGUGGCGCACACGGUGCCGGCUCCGGCUCCGGCUCCGGCUCGGGCUCCGGCUCGGGCUCCGGCUCUGGCUCUGGCUCUGGCUCUGGCUCUGG